AGGCAAGAAGGCAAGCUCUUCGAGUAACCCCAAUCCCUCUUCAGAACUGUCUUCCGAAAUCUCUCCAUAUUAACGGUGUCGAGUUGUUCUUCCAAAGCCAAGAAGAUUCUACCAGCCGGAAAGACAAAGCGCAUAUCGUGACACGUCUUAGACAUGUCAAUCGGCGGCAGUUUCCAAUACUCGCCCAUAGAUCCUGCCGAACGCGAGAUCCGUCUCCUUACAAUCAUCCCGCAGGAUAGCCACGAAAAGAUUAGCUGUCGCCUGUCAAAGACCAGCUUAACAUAUGGCAUUUUCGAUGCCUUGUCCUACGUCUGGGGAGGCGAACCCAGCUCAUUUCCAAAUACAAUCCUCUUGGACGGAGCGGAAUUCUCCGUCACCAGGAACCUGGAAUUGGCGCUCCGGGGGUUACGACUUCCCAAGGGAAGCACCCCUAAACCUCUUUGGGUCGACGCUGUCUGCAUCAAUCAAAAAGACAUAAUUGAACGCAACCAGCAGGUUGGUCUUAUGGGAGAGAUUUACUCCUCGGCAGACCGGGUCAUCAUCUGGCUGGGUGAGGCGGACAAAGAUAGCGACGUUGCACUAGACACAGUUCCGCUGCUAGCCAACGAAGGCCUUCGGCAUAAAGACGAAAACGAUAGGAACGAAGCCGAUCGCAAACAACAGAUCGACCGAUACCAACGGUGUGGUAGCUUCUUCUUCGGACUCCCAGAUCAGAGGCCAUGGCUAUCUCGCGUCUGGAUUUUGCAGGAGCUUGCGUUGGCAAAGAACGAUCCAUUGGUUGUGUGCGGUACAAAGAUGGUGUUGUGGUCAACUCUCAUCCGCGGUUGGAAGGCUAUCGCCAGAGAGAUUUUUACCGGAAUGCAAUUUGCGCGCCCAAAGACGCAGAAGGAGACCAGCCCCGAAACGUAUGCCUCUGAUUUAGGAUCGGAAGAUGAGGGCGAUGUUGAAAUUUUAGCGGCAGUCAAACUCGAUCUCCUCGAUGAUCUACGCUGCGAGAUGCGGAAGGAAGGCGGUGGGACUCUGAGACGACUGCUCCUCUUUUCGCGGACAUCUCAGGCGACAGAUCCUAGAGAUAGGGUAUAUGCUCUCCUAAGCCUCGUAAAGCCUUCCGAGACGGUUGUGGUGGCCGACUACCGUAAACCGUGUGCGGCCGUCUAUGCCGAUGCGAUGUCUAACAUAUUUUCCGCGGGUGAAGGUCUGUACUUUCUGUCCGGCGUCUUUCUGCCGGGAAUCGGUUCUAAGGCGCCGUAUAUACCGUCACUCCCGCCAACUAUAGAGCAACCACCCCUUCCGUCGUGGGUUCCUGACUUCUGCCGACAGACCGGAGAGUUGGCGGAUCAGCCUUCUGGCAUCACAUUUCACCCACCGGAUGGUAUCAGCGCUUCCGGAGCUGGUUCGGGCUGCAUGAAUGGGAAAGUACUAGAUGAUAAUCGGACACUUCAGGUUGAGGGUCUUGUUAUCGACACCAUCGAUCAUGUAGUUCCCAUGGCGCAAGAUCUUGACCAAUUUAUUUCGCAACUUCCUAGUCUGGAAGCCACAGUGGCUGACGCAAAAGAGAGACUGGAGCUCUUUGACACUUCUAUCGCGCCACUCGUACGCCAGUUCAAGACCAAGGAACCCCUUUGGAAGAUACUGGUCUCGAACAAGCGUUUAUCGUCAGGUUACGAUGCGGCUCCCGCGGCUUACGAAAACAUGCACUUGGAGCUACUGAAACAGGAUGGGCCCAGCGCUACCUCGAAAACAGACCAGGGCGCCACGGACACGGAACCGAGCGAGUACGCCAUGUGCCUGAAGAGAGAAUUGAAUGCAAAAUCCGUUUUCACAACGACAAGUGGAUUUUGUGGCACCUGCGUUCCAGACGCCCGUGAGGGGGAUGUGGUAGUAAUUCUGUUUGGGCCGCCGGUGCCAUUUGUGUUGCGUCCCGUUCCCCAGGAUGCAGGAGAAAAUACGGGACCUAGGAGGUCAAACCACUACUUGAUUGGGGCUGCAUACGUGGGCGGCAUUAUGAACGGGGAAAUGGUUGACGAGCUCUACUGUGAAGACCUGAUGGAUUCGACUACCUUUUUUCUUCAAUAAGACGUCGUAAGUACCAGUCAGAGUGGACUCGAACAAACUAGGAGUGGAGUGGAUCGACCCGUCCAAAGCGCCGACUGCGGUGCAGACCAAGAAGCAGCGAAUGUGGUUAGUUCAUGGGCUAGCGAGAACGUUGGCCAGUUUAUCACGGGCUAUGUUUUGGAGAACUAAGGGCAAUCGCCAUUGUGUCCUAAGAGAUCUCCCCGUCCGAUGACACGUAGGUACUCAUCGGUCAAUCAGGAGGGAUAUAAGUUUGAUUAAGGAGUCUUCCUAUGUGUUUUACAUCCAUUUCUUUGGUCUAGUUCUGGGUAAUCGUAGGGAUUGUGGGUCAGAUUGGUG